AACUAGCAAGUUCACUUUUUCUCUCCAAAGGAAAAAGAAAAGGAAAAGGAAAAAGUCCACUCUCCCACUUUCCCACACUUUCUCACUGCCCAAACAGACCCUCACUCAUUCUACCUUAAAAAUAGAAAAGAAACUUCUUUCAGCACCAUUAUCUCAUUUCUACCCACCAACGCAGCACUCAAAUCUCUCUUUACUAAGCUCAAACAAUGACCAGCGCGACAAAAAUCUCAGCUUUGAAAGAGUAAAUUCGAAGCAUUACUGGGGGCAUCUUGGAGAGAGGAAGGGGGGGAAGGCAAUGUCGGGAGGCCCACCUAGAGUGCGGGCCAUGAACAGCAUCAGAGAACCGGAAAACAAGGAACCAGAAAAGCCGGCGACGAAGAAGAAACCCACCAACGAGAAACAGCCGCCGCAAGAAACGGAGUCCAACAACAGGAGCAAGAAGAAAUGUGGCAGUGGCAAAUUCGUUGUUUUGAGACAAAAGUCCAUGAAUGCUUCCUGCUCCUCCUACGCCUCGUCGGAAUCCUCGUCGCCGCUUAGCCGGGCGUCUUCGUCUUCCUCGUCGUGGUCUAGUGGGAGAACGGCGGUGAGAAGGAACGCGGUGAUGGUAAGGAAGAAGCAAUGUGGUGGUGGUGGUGAGAACGAAGUACUGGUGGGGGAUAAUAGCACCGAUGACUUUCAACUUAAAAUUAAAAAAAGAUGUGCUUGGGUUACACCUACUACUGAUCCAAGCUAUGCCACUUUUCAUGAUGAAGAAUGGGGAGUCCCGGUCCAUGAUGACAAGAAGCUGUUUGAACUGCUAAGCCUAUCGGGUGCUUUGGCUGAACUUACAUGGCCUCUCAUUCUUAACAAAAGGCAUAUAUUUAGGGAAGUCUUUUUGGAUUUUGAUCCAAUUGACGUUUCCAAAUUAAACGAGAAAAGGAUAGCAAUGCCAGGAAUCCCUGCCAGCUCCCUACUGUCAGAGCUAAAGCUCCGAUCAAUCAUUGAGAAUGCACGUCAAAUUUGCAAGGUCGCAGAUGAGUUUGGGUCGUUUGAUAAAUACAUCUGGAACUUUGUGAAUCAUAAGCCCAUCAUAAGCCAAUUCCGAUAUUCCCGCCAAGUCCCAGUCAAGACUCCAAAAGCAGAGCUCAUAAGCAAAGACCUAGUAAAAAGAGGGUUUCGAAGCGUCAGUCCAAUAGUUAUAUACUCAUUCAUGCAAGUGGCUGGACUAACAAAUGAUCAUCUCAUAAAUUGCUUUAGAUUCCAUGAGUGUACAACCAAGGGAGAAGCAAGGGUAAAGGAUGACUAUCUUGAGGCUAAGACCAAAGUGAAAGAACUUGAGGAUCCAAUAGAUGUUGGAUUAUCUAGAGCUGUCGAUGACUAGAAUUCUUAUACAUAACCAUAAAAAAAAUUGUUUGGUAAGUUGGAGGUCAUGCCAAUUUCUGUGUCUGGCAUUCCUUUCAAGGAGGGCUGUGUCUAAUGGUUUGUACAAAAGAUAAUUGCCUCUAAAGAAAGCAACUGCAAGCAGGUAUAUUUGCAACAAUUUGAUUCAUGUAAUUAUUUGUAUGAAUGACAUGGCUGUUAUGUAUACAUAUCAUUUUCUUUGUUCAA